AUGUCGUUUCUGCCGCGGAUGGCGCUGAGGCGGGGCGGGCUCGGGGUCCGGCCGCUCCCCGCCCGCCGCCUCCACCGCCGGCCCCCGCUCUGGGGCGGCCCGGGACCCCCGCCCGGGAGCGUCCCGUCCCCGCAGCCCCCGCAGCCCCCGCAGCCCCGGAGGGUGAAGACCUUGUCGGAAAUGCCGGGGCCCAAGACCCUGGCCAACCUGGUGGAGUUCUUCUGGCGGGACGGCUUCGCCCGCAUCCACGAGAUCCAGCAAAAACACAGCCGGGAAUACGGGAAGAUCUUCAAGUCUCACUUCGGCCCCCAGUUUGUGGUGUCCAUCGCCGACCGAGACAUGGUGGCCCAGGUCCUCAGGGCCGAGGGGCCGGCCCCGCAGAGGGCCGACAUGGGAUCCUGGCAGGAGUACAGGGACCUCCGCGCGCGAGCCACGGGACUGAUUUCGGCGGAGGGAGAGCAGUGGCUAAAGAUGAGGAGUGUCCUAAGGCAAAGAAUUCUGAAACCCAAAGAUGUGGCCGUUUUUUCUGGAGAAGUCAACCAGGUCAUCGCUGACUUGAUUAAGAGAAUCUACACCCUCCGGAGCCAAGAGGCGGAUGGGGAAACCGUAACCGACGUUAACGAUCUCUUCUUCAAGUACUCCAUGGAAGGAGUGGCCACCAUCCUGUAUGAGUGCCGUUUAGGCUGCCUGGAAGACCCCAUCCCCGAGCUGACCUCGGAGUACAUCGAAGCACUGGAGUUGAUGUUUAGCAUGUUCAAGACCACCAUGUAUGCUGGGGCCAUUCCCAGGUGGCUCCGUCCACUCAUCCCGAAACCCUGGAGGGAAUUCUGCAGAUCCUGGGAUGGACUCUUCAAAUUUAGCCAAAUCCACGUGGACAAGAAGUUACGGGACAUCCAGUCCCAACUGGAUCGAGGGGAGAGGGUCCGAGGGGGACUCCUCACCCACCUGCUGCUCAGCAAAGAGCUGACGCUGGAAGAGAUCUAUGCCAACAUGACAGAGAUGCUCCUGGCUGGAGUCGACACGACUUCUUUCACUUUGUCCUGGGCAGCGUACCUGUUGGCAAGACACCCAGAAGUCCAGCAGUCCGUGUACGUCCAGAUAGCCAAUAACCUGCACAGAGACCAGGCCCCCACUGCCCAGGAUGUUCCCAGGAUUCCCCUGGUCAGAGCGCUGCUCAAGGAAACCCUCCGGUUAUUCCCAGUAUUACCAGGAAAUGGCAGAGUCACCCAAGAAGAUCUUGUGAUCGGCGGCUAUCUAAUUCCCAAAGGGACCCAGCUGGCCCUGUGUCACUAUGCCACCUCUUACGAGGAUGAGAAUUUCCCUCUGGCGACGGAGUUCCGGCCCGAGCGCUGGCUGAGGAAAGGCAACAUGGACCGAGUAGACAAUUUUGGUUCCAUCCCCUUUGGUUACGGAAUUCGCAGCUGCAUAGGAAGAAGAAUAGCCGAACUGGAAUUUCACCUCGUCAUGAUUCGGUUGCUUCAACACUUUGAAAUCAAAACAUCUCCCCAAACUAAAACGGUUCCUGCCAAAACGCAUGGACUUCUGACUCCCGGAGGCGCCAUCAACGUGAAAUUUGUCAGUCGGAAGUGAAACUCGAUGUUUCCGAACGUUUCCGCGGGCUCUUUGCCGGGGGCGGGGGAGGAUCGUCUUCAAUUUCCCGGACUGAGGCUCAGCGAUCUCUCAUCUCGCUGGUGACUUGAAAGGAAUCACAAGAUCUGUCCGUGUUGAGGGCUGGCUUGAUUCCUGAAGGAACUUCAAGAUUCUAUUUGCUGCAGGAAAGAGCAGUCUACAUCUCUGGGAGAGAAUGUCUCUUUUACCGUACCAGUCCAGAAAUUGUCUUAGCCUGAUCCUGGGGCCCGGUGCCAUUGUAUUUUGUUGUCCAUUACAUUUUCUUCCUCUUGGAUUGCACUGUAGUUUUUUUUUUUUUUUAACGUUUUCCUAAACGGUCGGGAAAGGAAGACGAGUCUAAAAGUGUGAGUUCCUUUAUCAGGUACAAAAGGUGGGGCGUGUGUUCUCCGACAGCUACUUAAAGAGGGAAUGUUGGCAAGCAGUUGCUAUUAUUUGCUUGGUAAAUUGAGAGCUUCCGGUGAUUUGGGGAACUACCAUCCUUUUGAGAGGAGAAAGUCCAGGUCCUUACCUUGGGCUGCAAGUUUCAGUUCUGAGGAAGAAAAGCACCACACCAACAAAACCAAAUUUUUAUUCCUUUCUGUAAACUGACAGCUUUUACACGGGCAAGACCCACUGAAGCCAGAAGACAUGAAAAUGGAAGGAGAAAACGGCCCAGUAAAAUUAGAAAAGGCUUCAUGAGUUCAAAUGCCAAGAACGCCCACUUUCCCUGUUCAAUUUGAGUGCUUCCCUGAGGUGACACAAAGCCGCCACAUAAAAACUAGAAUCCGAA